AUGGUUCUGCUGGUUACUACGGAGCGCAUCCUCGCUGCGUUCGAGGCUGUUCCAGCUUCGCGUCUUGAAGAGCUGGACUUACCUGCCACGUUGGAGGUCGAUGCCCCGAUUGCCCAUGAGCAAUUGAUCCGGCUCGCCAGAUACCUACAAAACGACCCCGAAUACACAGAGAAGGCUUCGCAUACCCCGACUAUUCUUAAUUCGCUCCUCCGCGGCACGAAAGUCUAUGUUCCUCCGCCGCCCAAAAAGCCAGAGCCGAGCGCAGAAUACCUCGCCUCAAAAGCUCGUCUCCUAGCCGCAACAGAACAAGAAUCCUACAACCGCCUCUUGAACCCGAACUACAAACCAAACGCCGACCAUGCAGACCCACACGCUUCGCCUUAUACAACAAACGGGGCAAUGGAAGAAGAUACAUUGACGAUAUCGCUGGUCUCUAGCAUCUUCAUCUCGGUGCUGGUAUCGGGGUUCAGCGUGUAUGCGGCGCUCACCAAGUUUCCGACGGCGCAGAUCCUGGAGAGCGAGGCGGUCAAGGUUCUGCUUGGGCUUUUUGCAGCACUAGCAGUUGCUGUUGCGGAGUCGUUCUUGUAUUGGACGUAUCUUGGUAAGGUGGAUCGGGCCAAGCUUAAGGAGAGAGCGGUUAGGGAAAAGAAAGUCGUGAUUGGGGCGGUUGGGGAGGAGGUUGAGGAGGAGAGUGUGGAUAUUGGAGGGGAGAAAGAGGAGAUAUGGGGGAAAGGAGUUAAUGGCGGUGUUAGGAGGAGAGUGAGAGAGAGAUGGGAGAAGGAGAGGGAUGGAACGGGCGAAGACUCGUGA